CGAAAUCGGGCCUCUCUGGAGACGUUCAGACAGGUUGGACCGCUGCUUUUCCAGAACAGAGAGGAAACUCAUGCAUCAGAAAAGGUGAUUAAAAAAUAUACGAAAAGACUAUGGCUGGACAAAUACCAGAAUCUGAUCAGAUAAAACAGUUUAAAGAAUUUCUCGGAACCUACAAUAAACUCACAGAAACCUGCUUUUUGGACUGCGUUAAAGAUUUCACAACAAGAGAAGUAAAGCCGGAAGAGACUACCUGUUCAGAACAUUGUUUACAGAAAUAUUUAAAAAUGACACAGAGAAUAUCCAUGAGAUUUCAGGAAUAUCAUAUUCAGCAGAAUGAAGCACUGGCAGCCAAAGCAGGACUCCUUGGGCAACCACGAUAGGGAAGUCCCGAAGGACGGACUUGCCGAGAAAGAUGGCCAGCAGGUGUUGCCCUGAGAACGGGAUUCAUCUGAUAGAAUCCCUGAACGCAGUAGGAGCCAUGACAAACCAUCCAUCAUGGCUGUCUAACAGAUGAAAACCACUGGAGAAACAAAGAUUGCUGUUCACCAGGAGUAACUGAAAUAGAAGGUCUUAUUGUUCAGUGAAAAUAACAAGAUGCAACAUUUUGUUGAGGCCUUACAAUUCAGCAGCUUGGUCACUUGACUAGAAAAAUAAACCAUUGUUUCUUCAAUUGUGACUGUUAAUUUUAAAGUAAAAUAUGUGUUCAAUCAUGUAAAAGAUAAAAAAAAUUUAUUGCUAAAGUAAAAUAAAUGGAAAUAUCACUGA